AUGAGCGGCUCUUCGAAGAAAAUAUCUUCAAAAUUACAAGAAUUGAAUGGAAGACGUUUUAGUUCACAAUCAACAAUGUCCUGUUUAUCUUCGGAAUCUUUUGCUUCUUCUUCUUCAGGAAUAUCUUCUGCUUCUUCUCUUCAUUCUUCCCAUCAUUCAACAGAAACAGCUAGUUCUAAUACAACAGCACAUAUUUCCUGUGGAGAACCCUCUUCUAUUUCGUCAAAUUCUGUUUGUUCAUCAACAACAUCUACACUCCAAAUAGCAGAAUAUAAUACAGAUUUAGAUGACAGACAAACACCCCAACAACAAUUAAUUGAUUCUUCUUCUGAUAAAAAUAUUGUUGAAAUUCAGCCUCAUAGACUUGUAAUUGAUAUUCAAGAUGAUGAUAUUCAAAAACUUGAUAAAGAACAAUCAACAAAAGAACAAUUAAAUAUUGAAAAUAAACAAAAAAUAAAUGAAAAUAAAAAUUCCCCGUCCCCUCCACCCCUUCCUCUAAGCCAACCACCACAAUCAUCAACAUCAUCCUCAACUGAAAGUGUUACUUUUAAUAAAGAUGAAACUGAGAAAAACGAACAAAUUGAAGAACAAAAUGAAGAAGAAUAUUUUAGUUUAAGACCCAGAGUUGGUGCUAUGAGUUCAAAUACUUCUACAGAUGCUUGGAAUAAAAAUCAAAGACAUAAACAAAAUAAUUUAACAGUAAAUAAACUUCCCCCAAUUCCACCAACACCUCCCGCAAAACCAGUAAAUAUUAACAACAAUAAUCGUCAAUCUUCUCCUAUUUCUAAAGAUAAAAAAAAAACAACAAAUUGUGGCAAUACUUCAGUUGAUAGUAAUGAAAAUGAAUUGAUGAAAUUAAUUUUAAAUGAUAGGCUUGAAACAUCGUAA